GCGCCGGGGCUGCGUUAGGGGCUCGGCGGGGAGCGGGCAGCUGUCGCUACCGGUGCUUGCGUGGGGCCGGAGCUCUCGGGGCCUGCCCUGGCCGUGCCCUCGGGUCAGUGCCCUUCACCGCAUGGGGGGAGGCCGUGCGGCUCCACAUUUGGGUCCGUCUUCUCAGGUGUAGGGCUGCCAGGUGUCGCCGGCAGCCCUGCUCUGAGGUGUGAGGGGCACUGAGUAGCAAGGGCCAGGGUGAACACAGCGUGGGACAGAAUGUUUGAGGUUGGAAGCGACCUCUGGAGACUGCCUGGUCCGACUGCCCUGCUCACCAGGGUCACCCAGAGCACAUUGCUUAGGGUGCAGCUUUUGAAGACCUCCAGGAAAGGAUGCUCCACAAGCUCUCUGGACAGCCUGUAUCAGUGCUCAGUCACCCUUGCAGUAAAUAAGUUCUUCCUCGUGUUCAGGUGGAACAGAUCCUUACAGUGCUAACGCCCUGGGUCUUUUAUGUCGUGGUGGCAUUUUUUGGAUGGUAAAACCAAGUGGGAGCAUCUCACUGGGGUUUCUGUACUCCGUUGUCACAGUGGCUUUCUUAUCUAGCUCCUUCCUGUGGUUCUGGCCAUUUACAGGUAGUGAUGGCUCUGGUGGCCAGGCUGAUACAGCCUAAAUCAUGCAUAAAAUGAACUGGUACUCAAAUAUUUAAACACUGUCCAGCUCUUUCCACCCCGCAAAUUCAUGAUCUUUAACUGCUGCGUGUUCAGGAAGUUUCAGCUAACUUGAGGCACUCACUGCUGGACUGUUCAGUUAAUUAUGCUAAUGUUGUUAAUCAUACAUAUUAAUGCUGCUUGUCUGCAUUCCAUACUCGUGUUGCAUUUUUGGAAUUGGUUUUCUGUUGGAAAGUCGUUUAACAUUUGGAAACUGAUUGCUAAGUCUUGUUUUGAGAUAUGAUCCUGAAAACUCAUUUCUGUGUGAGUGGUCCCAUGUGCUAGGAUAACUUUUCCUAUUUUCAUGUCCCAAGUGCGUAUCUGAGGUUCUGACUGGAACCCAAAGACAUAAGAAGUGGUGGAAAAUCAGUGAGGGAAAAGCAGAGGAGUAAAAGAAUAAUGCUUGGUGACAGCACACUGCUGUUGAAAUAUGGAAAAAAAAGAGUUCAUGGUUGCUGGUCCGCAUAAUAGCGGAGGCUGAAUAGGCAUAAAGGAGUGUAUAUAGUGUGAGUGAGAAGUAUCAAACCCCCUGCAAGGUUUUGUUCUGUUAAAAGGGGGAAAAAAAAAUCAAAGAAGACAUGAAUCCUGCGAAUAACAAUCAAGCAUUUGGGACCAUUUUUGACUGGGACUAUCUCUUAUGGGAAGUUCGUUUGACGUUUUUAGCUGCUGGUUUUUUAAUCUACCUGGGAGUAUUUCUUCUGUCUCACUGGUUAUCUUCCCAGAUGAGUACCACUUAUCGUGCCUUAUAUGCAAAGGAGAAGGUGUUUUGGAAUAUGGCAGUCACACGUGGUGUGUUUGGACUUCAGAGCUGUGUUGCUGGGUUAUGGGCUUUGCUCAUAGAUCCUGUUUUUCAUGCUGACAAGGUGUAUUCACAGCAAAAGUGGAGCUGGUUUAACUGUUUAAUAGCUGCUGGAUUUUUCUUGCUUGAAAAUGUAGCUGUUCACAUGUCCAACAUCAUUUUUAGAACGUUUGACGUGUUCCUGGUAGUUCAUCACUUACUUGCUUUUGGUGGCUUGGCUGGUCUAGUAAUCAAUGUAAAAUCUGGACAUUACCUACCUUUGAUGGGAAUGUUGCUGGAGAUGAGUACUCCCUCAACGUGCAUUUCCUGGAUGCUUCUAAAGGCUGGCUGUGCAAACACCUUUUUCUGGAAGGCAAACCAGUGGGUAAUGAUCCACCUGUUUCACUGCCGCAUGAUUCUCACUUACCACAUGUGGUGGGUGUGUAUUUUCAACUGGAAUUCUGUGGUAGAAAAUCUGGGACUUCUCCAUUUUAUUGUUUUAUUCUCUGGAUUAUUUGCCGUCACACUAAUACUUAACCCAUACUGGACAUACAAAAAAACCCAGCAGCUCCUCAGCCCAACUGACUGGAACUUUGAAAAUAAAACGACGGAAAAUGGAAAGCUAAAUGGUGAAACAUCUCGAAAGAAGAGGAUGUAACACUGGAACAUCUGUUUCCUAGCAUGAUAUUAGACUACAGCAGAAGGAUACACUGCAAAGUAAUUGGUCCAUGAAAUCGAAGCUUUUGCAAGAAGCUCAUUAAUACAGACAUUCCUUGCUGUUCGUAUUCAGUAUGAAUCAGAAGUAUUUAAAAACACUGUAUUUCAUAUGUACAUAUACAUAAAUCUUCAGCAUCUUAGCAAAGAAUUAUGCCAGCGGUUUUGUCAGUACUUGGACAGUAUUUCAUGAUUUAGCAAUGACACACUCUAAUGGUAUCCUUUGUCCUGAUGCUUCAAAGUGACUUUAUAGCUAACUUGUCCACUAAUCUUAGCUUGAAUCAAAUUUAGCUUUAUUCUCAUUUCACGUAUGUUGGAGAUACUGCUACUGAAAAUUAUGUUUAGAAGAUAAAGAUCAAUUCUGACCCAAAAUAGGUGUGGUGUGGAUACCUGUGUGCCAUUAAAUCUUGCCCAGUGGUUGAAUUGGUCACGUGGCAGAAUGCAGUAAUGGCUGAGUUUGUGGGUCUUUUAAGUGCACUUGAUGAAAAGGAAGCGACAGUUACGUGUUUGCUGUCAAAAUGAAUUGUAGUUCCCAGGUUGCCUUCAGUAUGAGAGUUUAUACGCACAGCAAACAUGCAUGUGGUGAGGAGUGGGAGCGCCUGUUCACUGUGCUGGUGGUCAUGCUAGGUAAUCAUGGUGGUCAUUUCUGGACUUGAAAUCUAUGAAAGACAAGAGUCUUUGACUCUUGACUGUUCAAUCCUUGAAAAGUUUGCUGGCUGAUUGGUAAGAUUAUCUUCUUUGUAGGUCACAAAUGAAUAAACAUGCAAUUAGUUCCACUAGUACUCCUGUUAUACUUCCUCUUAUUUUUGGAAAACCUCUUAGUUAUUGAGGGUUUUAGAAUCUGAGUUGACUCAUCUUUGGAGAAAAGCCUCUGUUGUCUCUUUUAGAAGUUCUAUUGUUCUUUUAGUAUUUUUAUUCUACUUUAAAGAACACAGAAGGUGAGGCCAUCAAUUCUUUGCACUUUAUCUACCAUAUCUAACCAUGUAAGUUUUUAAUUGACGUAGGGAACAGAGAGGGUUUUUGGAUAGCAGCUUGGGAAGUUGUGAGGGUUGUUCUCCCACUUGUAGUAAUACUUGUUCCUGGAUGCAGUUUUGGACAGCAGAUCAGGGUAUAAAGAUCAUGAUAGAAGAGAGUGACACCUAUUGGCAGGAGAGUGACAGAGAUUACUAAUGUUGAUGUACUAUUGAGGUAAAAAGCAUAUCAUUUGAAACUUCAUCAUAUGCUGUGAUAUGACACAGAUUUAUUUACCAAAGUAAUAAGAUCAAACAAGCCGAAGCUGUGAAGAACUUUAGGUUGAGGCAUAUGUUAGAGGCUUUGUGUCCUGCUCUGUGUGGGAGCAUACUGUUUAAAAUGGCAGAGGGGAGGCAGGGAGAGGAGAGUACUGUCUUGGUGCAAACAAGCCCAUUUCAUUACAUUUGGUGGGAACGUCUUUAUUUUGUUUGGGUGAGGAGCUUACUGUGUUCCCUAAUUCCCUAAUAAGAUCUUUUGCAUGUCUUACUACAUAUGUAUAAUGUUUAAUACCUAAGAGCACCUGUUAACCUAAAUGCUGCUAGACCUGCUAGAACAGGAGAUCUAUGCAAUAAUACAAAUAAUAGCAUUCACUUUGUUUCUUCUGGUUUGAUGGGUGAGAGGGUUUUACAGUCCAUAUAGAAACAUAACAGAAAGUGAAAAUAGACAACGUUUCUUCUUCAAUUCUAUUACACUGAGCCUCUGUUUUCUUCACUGCAGGUUCUAGUGUCUAAUUACUCUUAAAGUGCUGCAUUUCAACCCAAAUAAAGACCAGCUACAGUUAGCUUAGAAAUUUUGUUAAUGUGAAACUAAUCCCAGGCCUUUGGGGCCUCUUUUGUAAGGCCUCAUCUACAAUUGGAUAGAGGAAAAAAAAUUUGCCAUCAGCGUCAAUAGGGUUGGGAUCAGGUCACAGAUUGUGCUGCUGCCAUCGUUUGGGAAACUUUUGCAUGACAUUUUAGGGUGAUUUGGCUUGCCUAGGUGACUGUGAAAUGCUUCAUCGUGCUUUCUUGCUGGGCAGGUGUAUUUGAGGAGUGCUGCUUGUGCCACCUCUCUGGUAGAAGGUUUUUUUUGAAAAAGAUAACUGGUUUGGUGAAUGGUUUUUGUGCGUGUGUCUUUCUGUUGUUCUUUUAAAAAAAAACCAAAAUGUCUGAUCUAAGGGUUGGACCCUAUCCACACAUCUAGUUCUGUGUUCAUACAUUCCUAAAUCAGUGUUUGUUUUCCUCUGUUUGUAUCUUAGGUUUUUUUCCAAAACCUGUCUAUGAUAUUUAUUCCUAUCUGCAGUACUGGUCAUGAUCCAGCAGCAGUCACAGUGCUACAGCAGUGACUGGCAAACAGUUUCUAGCACGUACUGUUGAGCUCUUCUUUUGUUAAAUGCCCUUGUCCAGUUUUUUUUCCUGAUAACACUGAUCAGCUGUUGAUGUUGUACAGUUAACGAAAGACGCUUUUCUUAACCUCAGGGAAAUUCCCACUUAAAGUGAAUUUAGAAGUAUUAAUGAAUUGAUAAAUUCAAGUCUGUUCCUCAUACCAGUGUAAUAUUUUUUGAAUGCAUCUUUACACUGAGUGCACGAAUAAAAGUAUUUUAUUGAGCAGUUGUAUACCAUGAGUUUCAUUUACUGAUGAAAAUAAUGCCUUUUUUUUUUUUUUAACUUGCUGCUCGUAGCUGAUUGUUUUCAUAAUGCAUGUGUUAAAAGAUAACUUAUUUUGAAAUAAUCUUCCAAGCUGGGCAGGGGUGAUGUCGUAUGCAUGGAAGUAACUCUAAAACCUUGUAAACUAGUGCACCUUCAUCAGCAUUUAACAAUAGCAAGUUUAGCUAUAUGGUUGAACGCUAGAAGCUGUUUUAUAUAUAUGGGUAUGUACUAAAAAGUAUCACUUGAAAUGACACAUCUGGGUUGAGUAUUGGAAGUGUGAUCUCUUUCUGCAUUAGGCUGUAACUGUGAAGACACUUCACUUGGUGUCAAGUGAUGCUUCAUGGCUUAGUAUGAACCACAGUCAUUUUUUUUUGAAGAAACUGUUCAGUUGCUAAACAGCAAAAUAACAAUUGCAAGCAUUGAAUGUGCCCGUCUUCAGUAGUGCUCUGCAGGACUUAUUUCCUGAUCCUUUUAGCAUUAGUGAGUUAAAGGAAAACAGCAUCAGUACUGGCAUUUCAACUAUUCUGGUAGGAAUGCACUGUGCAAGCAACUGGCUGGCAUAAUUUUGGUAGCUGCCUCUGGAGUCGAGUCCCUAAGAUUAAUUGAAGCAGAAGUAGAGAUGUUCAUAUGUAAAGCUCCAGUGGCUGUGGAAUGUAUGUGGGUACAGACUGGGAGGAGAACAAUACCUAACAGUACUUGUGUGAAUAAAGUCCUUCUUGUAAAUAAUCUGUAAAAGGAACUUGUUGCUAAUGUUUUGCUAUUCAGAUGUUUUCAGUUCACAGAUAAAUGUAUUUUACUUUCUAGUUCUUGCCAUAAACCCAGAAAUAAAUUAGCAUACACUUA